AUGUCCGAAAGCUGGAGUCAUCUUACUCAAAAUCCACUCAGUACCACGCCAGGAUUUUUAGGCGAGAUCUAUACUGGCGAGAUGUAUCAAAUCAAGUCAGAGAGUGCCGUGUCAGCUUCAACUAAUAUUGAAGCUCAGUCCGAUGAGAAGAAUUCCAAAGAAUAUCUGCCGGGUGAAAGUUGGUGGGCUCAUUGCCUACGUACAACAUCCCGCUGUACCAUCUAUGUCACAAUCGGCCUUUUUCUUCUUUGCAUCGCCAUCGCUACGGUAUUAAUUCUUAUGGCUACCAAUGUCAUAUAUGUUCCUCCUAGGAACCACACGGGCAACCGCUAUGCACCCUCUGGGGUAAUAGAUGAUCCUACUAAACCCAUCCGUCCACUGAUGUAUGGGGCCUUGAUGAAUCGGAGUCAGAUCAGCACUGGUGUUGAAAUCUUGCCAAUAGACACAACUGUUUCUCUUCCCACCGUGACUGAUCCCACUGGUCCCACUGUCAGUAUCUACCCCAUUACAGAUGAUACAGUGACUAUUAAAAAAGAUGGGUUCGUGACACAGGUUCGCCCUUCCCCCACACAGCACUGA